ACCCAGGCCAUCACUUCUCUCUAUAUGAACCGCUUUCCUAAUCCUAUCGUGACAUACUAUAACUUUCCAACGCACCUGUCACCGUCCAUUUUCUAGGCUCAACUCCUUGCGCUAUACUAACAAGAUUCCAUUCCAUUCCAUUCCUCUGACCCUUGAACCUAUGGCGACGUCCACGGGAGCUGCAUCGUACACUAACACUAAAUCCCCCACUAUUCGGCGCAUACUCCGCGAGGCUGCAGAGCUCUCAAAUACACCGUCUCCUGAUUAUACCGCGGAGCCAUUAGAGUCGGACCUCUUUGAAUGGCAUUUUACUCUUCGAGGACCCCCGAACUCCGCAUAUAGCCAAGGUGUCUACCAUGGUCGAAUAAUCCUACCUCCCGCAUAUCCUCUCCGGCCUCCAAGCUUUCGAUUCUCUACCCCAAAUGGCCGCUUUGAGGCCAACCGUGAAAUCUGUCUCAGCAUAAGUGGCCAUCAUGAAGAAACGUGGCAGCCGGCUUGGGGCAUUCGGACCGCUCUUGUCGCGCUCCGCAGCUUCAUGGAGACAGAUGUGCAAGGCCAGCUAGGUGGCAUGGAGACUACUGAGGCGGUUCGCCGCCGGCUGGCCCAGGAAUCAGUUUCUUUCAAGUGCGCUGUAUGUGCCAAGUCCAAUGCGGAUAUCAUCGCUGAAUGCGAAGAUCGGUGUAAAGAAACCACUUCUCUGUGUCAAGAGAUAUCAGUUCCUACCGAAUUAAAUAUGGGCUGGAGGGAUGAGCUUGAGGCAGCUAAGAAUGACCAAUCAACGUCAACCCGCCGAUCAGAAAACUCUUCUGAGCUUGCUCAGGGUGGUGAGCCACCACUAACUGAGCAAUCCGAAGCUGAGCUGGCAGAAGGGUUUGUUCAGACAACGCCAAACGUCGCCGAUGGCUUCUCAACGCAUCCACCAGCUCCGAUACUGGGUAUCAGAAAUCGGCAACCCCCUUCCACCGCUAGCCCCACGGGAACAGGAGCAGAAGCAGUACCUUUAUGGAUAGAUCGGGUGAUUGUAGCCUUAGUUAUCUUGCUAGUUGCCAUUGUUUUGAAGGUAUUACUCGGUGUAUAACGAAUGUUUUGCUCGGGCUGGGGCGUUCAUUCUCCCCUUCAGCUAGUCGUAUAUAUAACCGGUCAGUAAUAUUCGGCAUGGAAAUCUGUGACAAGGCAGACAUGUGGAAUAUAAUAUCUACGUCACUUUAUGGCACUGGUGGCAUCUAAUUUCAAUAUCUUCAUUCGACGUUGAUUAUCUUCAAAAUUGAGGGGUAGCCUAGAUGAAAUGCUAUUAACGCUCAGCAUAGAAAAGACAUGAGAUUAACUCCGGCACAGCGUGAAAGCUUAUGCUCCCUGAACGCUUCUUUUUCUGCUGGCGGCCCUACUCUCGUUACCGAUCAAAUUGCCAUGGUACAGCCAGCCACCACCACUCUCCUACAGUUACAGAGGAUCCAUCCAUAACCUCCUCCAAAACAUUGGUUUUUAUGCCCCAUUCUAUAAUGAGCCGUGCUUCAAACUCAUCUAGAAUAGGACUCAGAGAGUUGCAUACAUCCUUAGCCGCCAUGGGGCCUUUCGUAGCAUAAGUAAAACAAAAAGCUCCGAGGAUAUCACACCACCGCCUAGUAUCGUAUUUCCCAAAAAAAUCAACCCACUGUGGAAUUUCUCCUUUCAUCGUGGUGCUGGGCAAAUUCUCCCGCGCCACGGCUUGUAGCACAGCGAUAUCCUCGUUGUACUGGUACAAGUUUGUGGGUUUUGCGCGGAGUCGAAAAUGAUAGUAGGACUUCGGAUACUUCCGGCUUUCAUAGUUACCUGGCUCAAAUCCAAAAGGGAUGUUUGGUAUAUCUAGAGGUACCAGUUUGAUUUUUCCCGCAGCAUUCAAAUUCGUCAGUGCCAUCAUGGAACCAUCGUUCAGGGUGUACGAUAUCUCGAAAAUUCCUCCCGUGCGGAAUAUGCCAUCCAUUUGCGUUUUGAAAGCAGCUGCAUCUUGGUAUUUUGAGCGCUGUGCCACUCUAGUGAGCGUUGACAAAUACCACUCACUUAACCUGUAAGGUCGCCCUCCAAGUGGUGUCUUUUUGCUCCUGCAUAUAACCCUUUGGGUCGUGAGUUGAACAAUGGCUUCUUUGAGAAGCAGCGAGCUUCGUUCUGCGCCGUCUCCAGAUAACGUGAGGAAUUUGUCUUUGAUUUUUCGCACGGAGUAUUUCGCUUCGCUAGUGCAGCAAAGUGAUUUAAUCCAAGAUCUGGCAAUGUCCAAAUUCUGAACAUUGCUACCAUCAUUGCCUUGAUCGAAGAUGCCAUCAACACGAAGUGCGCCGGGUUCUGAUGUAACUGCCUCGAACCGCGAAAAGAUCGAGGAUUGAGCGUGGAAAAAUCUCUCGCCCCAAUCCUCCUCAGCUGAUGUGGUAGUGAUCAGCGAGAACCGAUUAGAAAGAAGUUCUCUUGUGUGGGGGAUAUGAUAGUUCCUCUGGCGAGAUAUUCUUGUUGCCCACUUAAUAAGUGUCCGCCAGUCAUAAUGCACUGGGGCUUCAAAGUCAAUCAUAGGGAGCUCCUGGCUUUCAAAGCUUUCAAUCAACCGUUCCUGGACAUCUCGCGUAAGUUUCUUAAUGUGCGGUCUCUGCUCUUUGCAUGCCGUUGCCCAGAAUUUGCGCAAGCUGGCAAGCCGGGUGUU